AUCCUGGAUUGUCCUGUGGCGACAACAAUGUAUCUACCACCUAUGCACAUGCAAUCACUCCAACAAAUGCCAAUUCAACAACAGGUAGUGCCACAACAGUUGCAACUGGCAUCAUCCCCAAUACCCCCAGUCAAGGAACAAAAGAAACAGAAACAUGAUAAGAAACGAUCAUCACACUCACAGUCUCAGUCGUCUCCAUCAUCAUCACACCAACACGGAGGCAAGAAGUCACCUCAGACGCGAUCCGAGAACACAUCGAUCAAUACGCAUCACCAUAACACAUUGCUCAAUCAAAAGUCCAAGGUGGCCUACUCGCCCUACAUGGAGAUCGUCGAGCAGGAGUGUAUCUCGGUGGAGAGCGUCAUCCUGAACAACCGCAACUCGAGCGUGCACAUCGUCGUCAAGAACACAUCAUUCGUGAUCAAGCUGCGCACGUUGGACAUUUACGCACUCAACUUCUCCAACUGCCACGUCAAGUGUGGCCUGUACUACGCCAACGAGCCCAUGAAAGAGGUGAGCUUCAUCCAGACUUCGCCCAUCACCUACGUCGGCAGCAGCUGUCCACAGGGCGAGUACUUCACAAUCGAGACCAAGAUAUCAAUCUUGUCCAGUCAGCAUCAGGGCAACUUGUUCUACAUCCUGCUGAGCGUGACGGACAACAGCCAAAAGUCCAUGCCACCACACGCGUACCUCUCACAUCCAAUACGUGUCGUGUCCAAGGUGGACCACAUCAAGAAGGAUCCAAACGGUAAUUGUGAGAAGAAGCAGACAUUCAUUGAUAUCCUGACCGAGAGGCUGAGCAAGUUGGAGAAUCUACAGGCCAAGCAAUCAAAGGCUGUCAUCACAAUGAUGCAACAACGUUCGAUGGAUGCCAGGGAGUAUGCUAGACGCGAUCCAGAUGGUGCCGAUGACCCUGGCAUGGGCGCGAUGGACGACUCCUCCCCACCCUCAUCUCCACCAUUUGAUCAGAAUGAUGAUGUCGGUGAUCUGUCCACGAGGAAGAAGGUCAAGUCCAGUCAUCAGCAGUGCAGUGAUCAGAGGUCGGACAGUGCAGCGGGCGGUGCAAGGAUGAAACCAGCUGACUACUUCCUCGAGUGCUUCAAUCGAGUGAUCAAAGUAUACAAGCAAGAGUAUCGUGGCAAGGAAGAUAAGAAGAUAGACUUUAGUCAGUUGCUAGAGUGUUUGGACAAGCCUGACAAGUCAACCUUGUGCGACCUACUGGAUGCCUUCACAUUUGAUGAUCCAACAGUGAAUCUUUCAUCGUUCAAUCAUGGAGAGGCUGAGAUCUGUCAGUGUCCCGAGUGUCCGUACCGCAAACAAGCAGAUCAACUGAUGCUUCUCUCUCCGAUCAUGAGCUUCCAUUCACCAAUCACAAUGAUCUCACCACACGAUUCACCCAGCUACACUCCCAUGGGACUGACAGGUCGUCGCCAAUCCAAAGCAAUGUUAUUUCCAGAGACCAUUACAGAACAU